CAACUCAAUUAAUUCCAGAGACUAUGUUUAGGAUUCAAUAAAUUGAGGAUCUGGAAAAGGCGUCCAGUGAAAAUGGGAAUGCAGAGGCAGCUCCAGUGUUUCUUUCUUUCUGGAACAGUAUUUGUCACCUUCUUCAUAAUUUGCUGGAAUGAGGAGAGAGAUGGGACUUUUUCCCUACACACAGCUUCAGCUUCAUCACAAGAUCUCACACACCUCAAACUGCGUCAAGUACAUCUUAGACGUGUUAUAAGAGAGCUUUGCUCGGCCAAUAGUAGCCUGAAUUUUAAAGAGAAAUUAAUCACAUUUGACCAGAUUCCGAACAAAGCACUGGACCAUCUCAUUGUGGAUGAUCAUCAUGGUGUUAUUUACUGUUUUGUACCGAAGGUAGCAUGUACCAACUGGAAACGAGUCAUGAUUGUUCUCAGCCAGAACCCGAAGGCACAAAAUGGAGCUCCAUAUCUGGAUCCUCUUGACAUACCAUCAGCGUUAUCCCACAAUACUUCUCUGCAUCUGACGUUUAACAAGUUUCUAAGGCUCUAUGGUCAUUUUUCACGACCUUUAAUGCAUCACAGACUAAAGAAUUACACAAAGUUUCUUUUUGUACAGGAUCCUUUUGUACGCCUUAUUUCUGCUUUCCGGAACAAAUUUGCUAAGCCAAAUGAGGAUUUCUACAGACAGUAUGGCUCCACAAUACUUCAGCGUUAUGCUAAUAUUUCAACCCCCCCUGAAUCCGCUCAAGAGGCCUUCGCCGCAGGUAUCAGACUGUCCUUUACUCACUUUAUUCAGUACCUGUUAGAUCCACAGACUGAGAAGGAGAAUCCAUUCAAUGAACACUGGCAGCAGAUGUACAGACUCUGCCAUCCGUGCCAAAUUGACUAUGAUUUUGUUGGGAAGCUGGAAACUCUUGAUGAGGAUACAGAACAUUUGUUGAAGAUUCUUGGGCUGGAAAAAUAUAUUCACUUUCCCCCCGGGUACAAGGAUAGGACAUCAGUAGACUGGGAGCGAGACUGGUUUGCAAACAUUUCCAUAGCUGACAGGAGAAAACUCUACAAUCUUUAUGAAGCAGACUUCAGAUUAUUUGAAUAUGAGAAACCUGAGACACUUCUGCAUGAGUGAUGAGUAUCGCUAACUGUUUUUGCAUUUCCUCAACACCUAUAUUAUAUAUUAAUAUUCAAUUUUUUAUAAAAAAUUACGGACAUCAAAAUGAAGCAUGGAGACAGGCUUGAGGAUACUUUGUCAAUGUUUUAUCCAGGGCUGCAAAAGCAGCUUGGUUAUACUUAAACAUCUUUGAGGCAUGAUGGAAUCUAUUUUUAUUCUUUGUUAAAUUCAGACUCCUGUUUUAUGAUCUUAAUCUAGAUUCUGUUUUACAGAUUUAAUUUAACCUUCUAACCUAUACUUCAAUUUUUUAUGUUAUUGUCUCUUUCAGGUCAAUGAACUGUUAAAAACUGUCGCAGUGAUGAUAAUGAUAAAUGAUACAUAUUUUAGGUAUUUUUCUUUACU